CGUGAAUAAUCGGUGUUUUCGAAGCCCUCAGCUAUAGGUAUAAAAAGUGGCAAUAAGCGACGCAGAAAAUCAUUCGACGGAGACCAGUCUACCAGUAAUGUUCGCAGUCGUCGUAGUCUUGCAGUUUGUGCUCUGCUCGUGCGCAAAAAAAGAAAGCAUCGUGUAUCCAAGUCUCUUGGAAGAAAGAAAGGCUGGGACAAAUUUGGUUCUCAAGGUGAACGACGAUAUAACGCUCAAUCUCGAGAGAAGCUCGGCGCUGGCCGACCAACUUGUCUUUGUUACGAGCGCUAAGGAAAGACACCAUGUGGAAAGGGUAAACACGUCCUAUAUUCAAAAGAGUCUUUACCACGACACGCAUCGCCAGUCUUCUGUGAUGGUACGCAAUGUCGAAGGAGCAGUGGAAGUCGAAGGUAUCCUUGGUACCGAGCUGAGAAUCAAGCCAUUACGAGAAGGGCAACGCUUUCUGGAAGGGCGAAUACCACACAUCGUAUACGAAGUAGAAAAAAAAGCAGAUUAUGCAAUGAUGGGUGUGGAUGCCCCACCGGAACUAGAAAGUAGACAAGGCAGAAGGAGAAAGACAACAACCAGCAACAAAACCAAAAAGCACGACGCAAGGAAGCCACAUGCGAAGGGAGACGCGUUUGUUGUGGAAAUUCAUGUGAUCUCUGACAAAGCACACCAACAAAGCUUUAGGAAAAACGAAGAGCUUAUUGGAUACAUUGCAGUGAUGACAAAUGCUGUCAAUUUAAGAUUUCUCGACAUGGUCAAACCGAAGGUCAGUUUUAUCCUCGUCGGAAUAACAAGGAGCGAAGAUGACCCCUUCGCGAAGCACAUCAAAGGAGGAUACUUGGAAGCGGGACCAACGUUGGAGGGGCUCGGCAAAUAUAAGGCCGAGGGACGAGUGCCCGGGAACCCUGACGUCCUGUUCAUGGUGACCGGGCUCGACAUGGUCAGGAUGCAAGACGGAGAGAUGCACAAAGGCGUUGCUGGGCUUGCAUUCAUUGGCACAGUCUGCAAAAAGAACAACAUUGGCGAGAGUGAAGACACCGCCACCACCUACUCGGGAAUUCACGCGAUGGCCCACGAGCUCUGUCACGUGAUGGGAUCACCACACGAUACGACACCCGAAUGUCCUUGGGAAGAAGGAUACCUGAUGAGUUACGUGGACGGAGGACUAAAAAACUUCCGCCUCUCUCCUUGCAGCGAAAAGUUGAUACGCGGCGUCUAUAAGAAGCUUCCGCCAGAAUGUGUAGACGUGUCGACAGAGACAAACUACAUGAGUAAGCACAAGAAAUAUCCUGGUCAAACAGUGCGCGAGGUGCAUAUAUGCAAAAAGCGGUUCAACAAGCCUGGCAAGAAAUGGUUUACGAGAAGGAACUUCCAGCUUAACAAGGAAUGUAAAAUGAACUGCUGCUACACAGAACAAUAUAGAACCACUUGCUGGAAAGUAAAACUUCUGGCAGGUAUGUCGUGCGGCGAAGGAAAGACAUGCAAGAGAGGGGUUUGUGGAGCGCACAAAUAUCCGUAAUUAACAAAAAUUUGCUCUUAAUUUCCCUGGGACUCUUCGAAGACCGCGUCACUGCGGUUUGUUUGCUAAGCAAUAAAUUCCUUUAACUGA